AUGAAAUUUACUAGCUUUCUAAUCGUUUUAAUAUCCAUAACGAUAUUCUGGACAUUUGUUAAAACUGUUUCUAUUCGAAAAAGUUUAGCUAGACUUGCUGAAAAGGAUUACAAGGCAACUGAAGUAUUAAAUGAUGGGGCUGAAUCGUCGGUUAAUCCUCAAAAGCAAAAAUUUAAUGAAACGUUAAAACCAAAAUUAAAUAAUACAAAGGAUACAAAAAGAAAUAAUGGAGGAGAAAAAGUGUCUAACAGAAGUGCAUAUAAUAAAGAAUAUUACCGAAAAAAUAAAGAAAGAUUGCUUAAAUAUAGUCAAAAUUACUAUGAAAAGAAUAAGGAAAAGGUGAUUGAGCAAAAACGAAAUUAUCGGAAACAAAAUGAAGAAAAAAGAAAGGAUUAUCAGAGAAAUUACAAUCAAAAAAAUAAAGAAAGGCUAGAAAGAAAUAAGGAAGGAAAUAGUCAAUAUAUGAAAAUUUAUUAUCAAAAAAAUCGGGAAAGGCUACUGAGAAACUGUAGAUUGUAUAAACAAAAUAACAGAGAAAAGUGGAAUGAAUACAAGCGAAAAUACCGUCAAAAAAAGAAAAACAUUCACAUUCAAUCUGGUAAUAAUGAAGGAACUUCAUUUGUUAAUCCACAGACUGGUGAUUUUAGUAAUAAAGGUAAAUUAAAGAGAGUUUUGAGGAAGAAAAUAUUAAUCAAGGGGAGGAAGAAUGCAAUAAUGGCGAGGAUCGGGAAAAUCGAAUCGAGGUCGAAGAGCCAAAUAAAAUUCUUAAAGAUGGCAUAA